AUGAAGAGGUUUAUGACAUGUUUGUUUAUGGCAGUUCUAUACUUGAACGCGUUGGAAUGCAAGAAACAUGAUGCCGACCCCAAGCCUACCAAGCAACAAAUCCAAUACUCGGGUCUAAAGUGUCGAAAAAAAGUUGCUCUGUUGACCGAUUACGGUGGGAAAGGUGAUGGGAAGACAUUAAACACGGCGGCAUUUAAGAAGGCCAUUGCCGAUUUGAGCACCUACGGAUUGAAUGGCGGAGGAGCAAUGCUUGUGGUCCCGCCAGGAAAAUGGCUGACGGGGUCGUUCAAUCUCACAAGUUACUUCACGCUCUACAUUCACCACGAUGCUGUUCUUCUUGCAUCUCAGGAUGAAAAAGAUUAUCCUCUAAUUGACCCAUUGCCCUCAUAUGGAAGAGGAAGGGAUGCUCCAGGACAAAGGUUUGCCAGUCUCAUAUUUGGAACAAACUUAACUGAUGUCGUAAUAACAGGAGGGAAUGGAACAAUAAAUGGCCAAGGCCAGCCAUGGUGGAAAAAAUUCAAGGAUAACAAGCUUAAGAACACAAGGCCAUACUUGGUUGAGAUCAUGUACUCAACCAAGGUGGUAAUUACCAAUCUUACCCUCAUCGACGCUCCUACCUGGAACGUUCAUCCCGUCUACAGCAAAAAGAUCAUAAUUGAAAAUCUUACGAUCUCUGCCCCCUAUGACUCACCAAACACUGAUGGGAUCAACCCAGAUUCAUGCUCGGGCAUUCGCAUACGCAACGUGUACAUCAUGUCGGGGGACGACUGCAUCGCGGUCAAGAGUGGGUGGGACGAGUACGGCAUAACGUUCGGUAUGCCCACCCAACACCUAAGCAUCAAAGGGCUCACGUGCAUCUCCCCCUACUCGGCCGUCAUAGCCCUCGGAAGCGAAAUGUCGGGCGGCAUCCGGGAUGUUCGAGCCGAACAAAUCAAAGCAUACAACUCUGAGUCUGGCGUGAGGAUCAAGACGGCGCCCGGGCGUGGGGCCUACGUCAAGAAUAUUUACGUUCGGGGCAUGGAAUUGCACACGAUUAAAUUUGUUUUUUUGAUGUCGGGCAAUUACAAGUCGCAUGCGGAUGACAAUUACGAUCCGAACGCGCUUCCCUUGAUAAAGAAUAUCACCUUUAGGGAUGUUUACGCAGACAAUGUGAAGAUCGUGGGGAAUCUUUCGGGGAUCACGGGCGACCCGUUUACCAAGCUUUGCUUUUCUAACGUGACGGCUGAGCUGGCGGAGGCAAAGAACUCAUUGGCCAACGGUUGGCCAGAGUACCAGGUGGACAAGGACAAGGACAAGGACAAAGAUAAGGGCAAGGACAAGGACAAGGAUAAGGAUAAAAAUAAAGACAAGGACAAGGACAAGGAUAAAGACAAGGACAAGGACAAGGACAAGGACAAAGAUAAAGACAAGGACAAGGACAAAGACAAGGACAAGGACAAAGACAAAGACAAAGACAAGGACAAAGACAAAGACAAAGACAAGGACAAAGAUAAGGAUAAGGAUAAGGAGAAGAAUAAAGGAAAGACUGGGGCUUGGAAUUGUGAGGAUAUCAAAGGCGUGUCAAGCAAUGUGAGUCCAAAGGCGUGUGAUUUGCUGCCCGAGAAGCAAAUGGACUGCGAUUUUCCGAGUGAUACGUUACCUAUUGACACUGUUGAGUUGAAAACUUGUUCUGCUAGCUAUUGA